AGCCCGGCCCAGCUCGCGCCGCGAUGGCCAUGCGCUUGCUGGGCGCCAGCGCUUUGCUUGCGGCCGUGCAGGCCGUGCAGGCCGUGCAACUCAACGAAGUGCAGGGUCCAGUGCUGGCUUCCCUGGAGCGUGAUCACUGCGCGCGGCUCCUUGAAGAGACCUAUGGGGCACUGCAAGGUUGGGAGCCCCGCGUGGGCCUUUUCCAACAUGUGUGCCUAGGAAUGGCCAAGAAAUUAGAGCUCGGGGAGAUGAAUCAGACCUGCGCGGGUUUCGCCACGGCAGCCCUGCAGGCCAGGCAUAGAGGUUUACCGCCUCUGCCAGAGUUAGAGGACCUUUGGUGUCGCGCGCCACCCCCAGCCCCUACGGCAGCGCCGCCAAAACGCUGGGAACCGUUCCUCUCACAGCUUCGGAAUGCCACGCAUGGAGCCUCUGAACGCUUCCGCUUGUGGUGGUCUGGGCGUGUUCAGCAGAAGGAGCACAUGUCAUUGAUCCAGGUGGUCCCUGGCUCCCACCUUCUGGUGGCCGCAGACUUUGCCCAACGGCGCAAGCACGAGCUGCUGAGUGCAGCCAAGCGCACGUUGGAGUUCUUUUGCGACGACGCUUGCGGCUUCGUAGAGCAAAAAAAGCUGCGGAUGGUGACGUGACCGAUGGAGCACGAAAAGA